AUGACAGAAACGUCCGACCGCAGCAUGGAGGAAAAGCCCUCGCCUGUGCAGCACCUGGAGUCAAUUCAUCUGGAAGACGGGAAAAAUGAUGAGAGUCCUGUAUUUGGCAUUGAUGAGGCGCAUCAGAAGAAAGUAAUGCGACGAGUUGACUUGCGCCUUCUACCCAUCCUAGGAAUCAUGUACUCGAUAUCCCUGAUCGAUCGUACCAACCUUGGCCUUGCCUUUGUGGCAGGCAUGGAGGAAGACCUUGGGCUUAAUAUUGGCACACGGUAUACUAUUAUGGUGAUGGUAUUCUUUGUGGCUUAUAUUGUAUUUGAAAUUCCUAGUAAUCUUAUUCUCCCUAAAGCCGGUGCGGCGAAUUGGCUUGCUUUUCUCGGCAUAAGUUUUGGGGCGAUACUGAUCGGAAUGGGAUUCACGUAUAACUGGAAAACAAUGACAGUUUGUCGAGCUCUCCUUGGGACCAUGGAGGCUGGGUUUAUGCCAGGGUGCACCUACUUGAUUACCUGCUGGUACAAACGUUUUGAAGUCGGCAAGAGACUGGCGACGUUCUGGUUGAUGUCGGUGGUCUUGAACGCCUUCGCGGCCAUUUUUGCUUAUGCAUUGACCCUGCUGAAUGGGACUCAUGGUCUCAGUGGAUGGAGAUGGAUCUUCAUUAUCGAGGGCGCUAUCACGGUCGGAGUGUGUGCUAUUGGAUGGUUCAUCAUCAUCGAUUUUCCAACCAAAGCAGAGGGCUUCUUGUCGCCCGAAGAGAAGCAGUUUGUUAUCGAUCGUAUCAACCAUGACCGUGGAGACGCAGAAGAGGAUCCACUCACUGCGGCAAAGAUCUUGCACCAUCUCAAGGACUGGAAGCUCUAUUUCUGGGCGUUCAACCUCAUGGCGUCAACGCUCCCUGGAUAUGCGUACAGCUAUUUCAAGACAAUUAUCCUGACCGGAAUGGGAUUCACAGGGAAAGAGAGCCAACUGCUUAGUGCUCCCCCGUAUAUCCUUGCGGCGGCCGCCACCUACGUCUCUGGCUGGCUGACGGAUCGAUAUCAGAUCCGAGGCCCAGUGAUUGCUGUACAUCAAGUGCUUACGGCGGCUGGUAUGUUGGUUACAGCAUAUGCCAAAUCAAACGCGGCGCGAUAUUUUGGGGUUUUCUUGGGCGUGGGGUUCCUGCAGUUCUGCAUCCCAGGGGUCCUUGCGUACCAGGCAAACAACAUCACCUCACACUCGAAACGAGCUGUGGCAUCCGCGACUUGCUUGAUUGGCGGAGGGGUUGGUGGGAUCAUUGCGAGUGUGACUUUUAAGUCGGAUGAGAGUCCAUACUACACGACGGGGAUCUGGGUGACAUUUGGAGUAACGAUGGUCAGCGUCCUGAUGACAGCAAUGAUGGACGUCUAUUUCUGGAAGAAGAACAAAAAGGCGCGAGAGACAGGAGGGCAGAUUGAAGGGAUGGAUAACUGGUACUACACGCUGUAG